AUGCGGUCGCACACUCGUCUCGUGCAAAUGGGUCUACAGUUACUCCUGGACCCGGUCCACUGGCCGCUGACUCACGCAUGCGACUUGCUCAGCAGUCGCGAAGCCGCCCGCUGCGUGUCCAGCAGACGCUUGCACGACGCCGAAGCGCGCGUCGACAGCACGCACACGAACGGGUUGUGGCUUCCAAGAGUGCGUGCCGUACGUGCUCAUGUGGUUAUGUUAUAUCGAGAUGGACGUGAAAACGCUGUAGAUUCUUGUGCAGACGCUGAAGCUGUCGAGUCGUCGAGCGAUGCGCUUGUGGACGACUUUGCCGAGGAAAUCGAGAGCGAAGCGAGUGAAAUUCGAAUGCUGAUUGCCCGGACAGCGCAGCUUUGGUCUGCAGUAGACCAAGAGGAGCAUCGAGAAGACGUUGUACCAGACGUGCGACAGCAGUUGUUUCCAGGUGCUUCUCCACCUCGUGCUCUGCACACGUUGCUGCCAGCAGAAGACGCGUGUGUUGAGAACGACACUAGCACUUUGAGUAGCGACGACGAUGCGUUUGAUUGGGGAGACGAGCAAGACGGGAAGACGGACAGUGUGGAAAUGGAUCUUUAUAGCAUGACACGAGGUGGCAGGGAAGACGCAAGUAGCGCUGACGCAUUUGGACGAUCAACGGGAUCGAUCUGCAGCAGCCGUUUGUGCCUUUUUGGAGCAUCAGUUGAACAAAGAGGUGUAGCCGGACGAAGCCACGAUGUGAGUAGCGAUAGUGGCUGCGAGAGCGUGACUCUUGGAAGGCAAAGUGACGAAAGCGCGCGUGACAGCGAUGAGUUGCGGCUGGAGCAAGAUGAAGUUGUUGGGGCAUCGAUUCGAGCGCUUAACGCGUCGAAAGCUAGUGUCUUACAAGAUGCUGUAUUAACGAACCUGAUCCGCUUAGGCUUCCGCGAAGAUGUCACGCGAGUGGCACUAGAGACAGGCGUUUUCGAGAUUGAUCAGUAUGGCUCCGACUUUGAGUUGGAGUACGCCGACAUCUUCAUGUCGCUGGUGAAGAUGGUGUGCGAUGCACAUGUCGAUGUCAGGAGCGAUGGCAAUGAUGACAGACGACAAUGGGCACCAUGUGAUGUAAGUUUUGACAGUCACGAACCGUAUGACACCACGGACGCCAAUCAGGUUACUGAUCCAGAACAGAUCUCGUUUCUUCCAUUUAAGUGGCCCGUCUUCGAUAUGGCGCAAUUUGAGUUUGGAAAUGCGCGCCCUGGGACGUGCUUCAACAGCGUCUGCGUGUUGAUAAACCUACCGAAGGUGCCAAUGGACCGCACGGACGAGUUGAUGAAACUACUGUCCUGCAGUCUGUUUUGCAUGAUUGAUGACCCUAUUCAAGUGGCCAUUCCAUCAGCACGCUCCACGGGGCGUACAAAAGGGCAUGCGUUUCUAGAGUUUGAUGAUCCAGUUAUUGCACAGAGAUGCGCAGUAGCUGUGGAUGGUCUGACAUGGGGGAAAGGGCCAUCUUGCAGGAUCAGGGGGAACUUGUUUCGACGAUACGAAGCAAAAGUCUCUGCUGCAAAGCGCAGACUAGCACCUAUGAUGAAUGAGGACGAGGCAUCGCCUCCUCGUUUGCUUUCAGGUGUUCUUCACUCUAGGUCUGUCACGGACACUGCUUCUGGAUGUCCUCACACGCUCGAGCAUCAUCAUUCUCGGUUCAGUAUUGAUAUAGUCCAGCAGCAAUAUCUUACUGACAGCGAUGACGAUAGUCGCGACACGGGUGAGCUGUUGAUAGGUCAUCCAACAGAGUAUGCACAGUUUAACGUAUCCCCAGUGCUGGACCUAUCAUCAGGCAGCGUUGAUAGCGAAGCUCAAGAGGGACAUAUUCAGCUAGAUCAUGCGAUACAGCUCGGCUGGGACGAUACUAUUGUGGAUGCUGGAUAUAGGAUGCAACAGCAGAGGCAUGAUGAGGAUGACGAUGAGAUGAGAGAAGUUGGUGCCAACAACAGUGUGCUUACAUUGCAACGUCGAGACGAAGGCAACCUGAUGAGCCAAUCGCUUGUUGACGAAUACGACGACGAUAACUUGGCGUGCUCACAAACGCGAGUUUCAUUGUCGUUUGACGAAGCGCUGGAGGCUUCAUCAAGUUUAGCGUCAACGUCGUCCGCCAUGGAACACGAACCUUAUGCAGACUGUGACACUAUAGAACACUCUGAUAGUAUCCUUGACGCCAAUGACGGCACGGGAAAGCCAUGGCGAAGAUACUGCGAAGACUUGAUCGUCUGCAAUCGUGACAUGCAAGAGCAGAUCUCUCUAGCACGCAUUCGCAUAGUCCAGCUGAGCCGCAACAAUCAAAAGCUGCAUUUGCUGGCUGACCGUGUAGAGCGGGAUCGUGACGGUUUGCUUUACGAAAACGACUUGCUGCAGACGCAACUUUACGGGCACGAAGACCACAAGCGGCGCUACGACUCUAUGAUGAAGGAAUUGGUUUCGUUGCGAACACUUGUCACCCGGCAAGAGCAGUCUCUUUGUGCACAGAUCCCGGACCGUGAACAUUUUACAGCGGCAUGCACACGUGAUAAUCCCUCGGGCACAGCUUUGAGCUCCACAGAUAGUAUGCAAGCAGCACUUUCUUCUCUACGCUCGGUCUCGCUUGCAAAUUGCAAGUUUCAGGAGCUGAAGGAGUGGGAGCAACAGCUAGAGAGCACAUUGAGCCAAGUGCGCUCUAUCAAGGAGGAAAGGGCGCUGGAAAUGCAGAAGAAGCUUGAUCGCCAGGUCGAAGAGCAGAAUGAGCUCAAGCUUUGCGUGAUCUGCCUCUGCAACGAAAAGCGGAUACUGUGUCUGCCUUGCCGGCAUUUGUGCUUGUGCGAGACGUGCUCCCACCGCCAGGAAGUGACCAAGUGUCCAAUUUGCCGCUUGGAAAUCGAGGAAGUACUCGCUGUUUACUCUUAA